CUCGAUUUGCUACAUCCUUAAACCCUCUCAGUUCCUGGAUGUGCAUGACUAGGGGAAGCUGAGUUAGGCAAGAAAGCAUACAAAGAUCUUACAUCAAAGAACGCCCUGAUUUAAAAUAAUCCUGACAUAUUGCACAUUUUGCAGCUGGAUGACACGGAAACGCCGCGGGCAAAGCCAGAGCUGGGGCACUGAGGGAAUGGGCUCCGCGCCUGAAGAGGCACAGCCCUGCUCACCGCGCCGCCACAAAAUGGCGGCCGCCGCCUGAGGGGAGCGGCGGCGGCGGGAGCGGCCCCGCCUGAGCGAAGGGACGCGGGACCCCGGCGGCCGCAGCGGGGCCCGUCCCGCCUCCCACUCCGCACCCCGGCUCCGUAUCGACACCGGCUCCGCGGCCCGGCCCCUCCGCCGCCGCCGCCUCCCGCGGUGGGUAACCAACCAAAGAAGUUAUGAAUAUCAUCUGUGGUCUAAAGAUGUCAGGCAGAAACUGCAUUUUGUCUCAUUUGGCUUCUUUGUGCAAGCAGGGGAAGCACAAUAAUCUCUCUAGGUUUUACACAGGACAGUGCCAAAGUCAGGGUGACAGAAAUAGAUGCCAAAGGUUGGAUUUGAGUGGAAAUGCUAUAAACUGUUUUUUGACUGGAAACCCUGACACCUAUAGAAACUUGGUUGGUAAAGGACUGAGAUGUCUUUUGGAUGUCCCACAUAGAAGUGGACGGGAAGUGUACAGGAAUACAAACCAUAGUUUGGGAAGGUUUUUCUCCCAGUCUUCUCAGCCACUGGGGGAGAAGAUCCCAUCCCUCCUGAUCAAUUCUGUAGGGCAACACCCAUGUCACUUUCCUGCUUGGAACAUUCAGAUCAACAGGUCUUUUCAUGCAUCACCAUCACUUCAGGCUGCACCAGUUCCUCUUUUCUGGAUUCUUGUGAAGCCAGCUCAGAAAUUAUUUGCCAUCAUUCUUGGCAGGAGCAUAAGAAAUUGGUGGAAGGCACUUCCUCCUAAUAAACGGGAACUCUUCAAAGCAAGUGCAAGAAAAAACAAAUGGAAGAUCCUGCUGGGUGUCAGCAGCUUGGGAGUUGUAUUUGUCAUGUUUUAUUUUACCCACUUGGAGGAGACACCCAUCACUGGGCGUGCUCGACUGUUGGUGUUUGGCAAAGAGCAUUUUAGGGAGCUGUCACAGAUGGAAUAUGAUAUGUGGAUGGAGCAGUUCAAAAGUCAGAUGUUACCUGAGACAGAUGCACGCUACCAGGUUGUGGAGAGAGUUGUUGGGCAUUUGUCUGAAAGCAACAAGGACAUCCCCCAAGUCUCAGCUCUCCAGUGGGUUAUCCACGUGGUGGAUGAACCAGGUGUAAAUGCUUUUGUGCUUCCAAAUGGUCAAGUGUUUGUUUUUACUGGGUUACUGGAUGCAGUUUCUGAUAUUCAUCAGCUGUCAUUUAUUUUAGGACAUGAAAUAGCUCAUGCUGUGCUGGAACAUGCAGCAGAGAAAGCCAGCCUGGUUCACUUCUUGGAUUUUCUCUCGCUCAUCUUUCUCACUAUGAUUUGGGCCAUCUGUCCUCGUGAUAGUUUGGCAGUUGUUGGCCAGUGGAUUCAGAGCAAGUUGCAGGAGUUCAUGUUUGAUAGACCCUACAGCAGAACCCUGGAGGCUGAAGCUGAUAAAGUGGGACUUCAGUUUGCUGCAAAGGCCUGUGUGGAUGUCAGAGCCAGCAGCGUCUUUUGGCAGCAGAUGGAAUUGGCAGAAACAAUCCAGGGGCAGCCCAAGCUGCCAGAGUGGCUCUCCACACACCCUUCCCAUGAAAACAGAGCUGAGCACCUGGACCGCCUCAUCCCAGAGGCCUGAGCAAGUAAGUUAAAUAACUGAGCAACUGUGUAGAACUGUUAUUUCUGUCUCAUCUCAUAGUUUAGCAGGUGAGUAGCCCUCAUCUUUUUACAGCUACUUUCAACUUCCAAGAGCAGUGAAGGCUGGGAAGAUCUUCCAAAAGAUAAUUGGGGGGAGAUGUUUUUGUUUGCCUUUUACCUUCAACAUUCUUUGGAGUAGGAUGAGAAAACAGGAGCUGAAGGAUUCCUGUUUUUAGCAAGUUCACCAGAUAAGUGAGGUUGGCACUACAAAACUGGAAUAAAGAUGAAAGAAAAUGGGUAGAGGAGGCUCUUGUCUGAAGCAUUGACUCCCUUCUUGUGGGAGCUGCUGCCUUCAGGCUGCACUUCAGGCAUGGAAAGGGAAUCCCAGGCUUUUACUGUUGCUCGGUAUCAGCACCUUUUUGUUUCAUUGUUCACAUUCUUUGAGCUUUUUAGAACAGAAUGUUUACCAUAUUUUUAUUAAUACCAUUAAUUUUUAAUUAAUACCAUUAUUUUAUUAAUACCAUUUUUAUUAAUACCAUUAAUUUUUAUUAAUUGCCAUUAGAUACUCAGAGCCCAGGAGAGAAGCUAGGUUAUCAAAAAAGACCUUUUUAUCUCUAGUAUCUCUCUGUGAAGAAACUGGUACUUCUUAAGAAUCAGUGCCAGAUCCAUCAUGACUAUUAUUGGAUGUCAUGUGCUGCUGGUUUUGAAGCUGAAAUUUUUUCAGGACAAUACAUCUCUUAUUAGACCAGCUACUAUAGCUGGGACAAAUAGGGACAAGAUUUUGAACUUCUCUAAUCUUUCUCUACAGACUUUUAAGCAGGUUCACAAUAAGAUGCAAUCAUAUAAAGUGAGAAUUUUUCUUCAGGUGAUGAAAUGUCACAUCUCAAUGAGGUGACUAAACAGUCUCAGGAAGUGUAAAUUAAAGGGGAACUGUCACAGGGAUCCCUUUCAAGUCAUUAGAAGACUGAGAGCAAAUCAAAUGAGUGUUAAAGAUGUUACAUCUGGUUUUCUGAGCAAGGUGGAAGCUACAGCCAUGCUGAGGAAUCAGUAAACAAGAGAGCUAUAAGCAGUUAAAAAAUGGUGCUGUCCUGGAAAUGAAAUAAAACAAAUAAAAAAGAUUUGCUGUGUUUUGAAAGUAUUUUCCCCUCAGAAAGGGAGGUGUUAGGAUAGUAAACCAGGAAAACAGAAAAUACUCCUAAAUAGGAAACUGAAAUCUCUUAGAAUUCAUGCAUGGAGGCUGGAGAGAUGCAUUUUAUUUUCAGAAAAUGAAAUCUUAAAAUCAUUUUCUAUAAGGGUGAAGAUGAUCAUUUUUCCAGAGACAGGGAGACUGUGGGAGUGUAGUGCUAGAGAGAAGCUCCAGGAUCUUCUACUUCAUCUCUGGUUCAUUUUCAUGUUCUCUGACUUGGGGCAGUGUCUGUUUCCAAGUGUGCUGUUCAAAUGCAGCACUGUACGUCAGUGGAAGUCUCAGCUAAACUGAAUAAAGCAGAAGGUUAUCUCCUGAGCCUUGCCUGUGAUACAAAAAUUCAUCUUGAUGUGACAUUUGCUUUUUUAGCAUCAUGUUGUUGGCUCAGAUUCUAUUUUUGAUUCACUGUAAGUCCAGUUUCUACUUUCUUGUGGAAAUGCCAUGGUGAGAUCAUUUAGAGACUAGUAAGUUGGGAUUUAUCAAUUGCACUGCUUGUGUUGUUUGAUAGGUCAGUUAACUUG